AUGCUCCUCAUUAAUUUCUUCCAGGCGAUAUACAUCGGUUUGGCUCUGUUGCCUAUGGUCACUAUUCUCCAUUCCGGUCAGGUUGCACUUGUAGAUGGUCGACUCCGAGAGGUCAUUUGCAUGCCGCAUUUCGACAGUGAGGACAACAAACCGGAUGUUUCCUGCUGGUUGGACAAAAACACAAAGUUCAUAUGCCCAAAAACUUCCUGCAGGUCAACUAAGUAUCCAGCAGUGAAAUUUGGCGAAUUGUUGUAUCAAGGAUGCCUAAAUGAUGUUGCACAGAAGUACAAUAGAAGAGUCCACCCACGUAACUAUCACCAUUACCCCAAGGGUGAUGGAAAAUAUGAAUGGGGUCGCAACGGAUUUGUUUCCGCCUUUGACAGCGCCAGUCAACUUUGGUAUAACUGUCUAUAUGAUGGCAAAGAGGAUAACAAGGAUACCUAUAGUCAGUCUUUUUGUACUGACAAUCUCACAGCAAUAUGCGAACUGACCAAGUCGUCUUUCUUCAAAACGAAAAACAAAGCCUGUUCGGAUUGCAAGGAAGCAUCAAAUCCGACAAACUAA